CUCCGUACGGAGUUUCAUGGCUGCAUGGCGUUCUUGAUGACUUUGUAGCAGAUGAAAGAUGGUUGAUAGCCAGAUAUUCUUAAGAAGCAUGCAUCUCUUCUAUUCAGUUGUCCAUUUCCGUUUACUUCUUGAAGACAUAUAUACUCAAUAACACCACAUCACACAUAAUUACUCCAGAGCUACCACAAUGCCUGGCAAAACGAGUCAAUGGAAUAGCAAUGAAAUUGUUGGUGAUGAGAAGCUGGUAGAUGUCGUAGACUUGGCCAUUGUUGGAGCUGGUCCAACGGGUUUGCUUUCUGCCAUACUGGCUCGACAACUUGGGCUCACGGUAUGCAUUCUCGACGCUAAGGAAGGCACAAUACAGCAUGGAGGCGCAGAUGCUCUUAACCCACGUACUCAGCAGUAUCUUGAAAUUGCGGGCAAUUUCGAGAAGGGCGAGCAUGAGCACGAGAGUAUAUUGGACGAUCUUCUCAAGAAAGGCAUCAAAUGCAACACAAGUUCAACAUUCGCGAACGGUCAAGUUGCAUCACGUCAAAGUGAAUGGUGGAAUUGUCUAACACACACCUUUUACAGCAGCCUUGUAAUGAUAGGGCAGCCAUACAUCGAGCGGCUAUUCUUAUCUCGUCUCGAUACUCCUGUUCACUUUUCAGAGCCGGCUCUGUCGAUAUCUAAUAAAUCCUCAUCCGCAGGUGUAACGAUCAAUACACACAAGCGAACAGUGAACGCAAAGUACUGCAUCGCAGCGGAUGGUGCCCGGAGCUUGAUAAGAAAUGAGCUUGGCAUCGAAUGGGAAGGUACGAAGCCGAACAUGGUAUGGACAGUGAUAGAUUGUUGGAUCGAGACGACAUACCCCAUCGCGAAAGAGAUCGUAUCGCUUGAACUUGAUGGGCAAUGCCGCAUGGCUUGGAUACCACGUGAACGUGGUAUGCAGCGAUUUUACCUUCUUAUGGACGGUGAUACGGAUCAAGAUAAUGUGCUGGCAAUGAUUCGGAAACACAUGGCUCCGCACCCCGUUGACAUAACUCACGUGGAGUGGCUUAGUAAAUUCGAAAUCAAAGAACGAGUUGCAAGUUCGUUCGUUCAUCCUUCACCGCAGGGACCCUUUAUUUUAGCGGGCGACUCUGGGCAUGUACAUUCGGUAAAUGGUGGUCAGGGCUUGAAUACCGGCCUUGCCGACGCAUUCAACUUGAUAUGGCGCCUAUCCCUACUUGUAAAAAAUCCCGACCUGCCAAAUGCCUCCAAAGAUGCGCUACUCGGCAGCUAUGAGCUGGAACGAAGGGCGACCGCAAAAGAGGUUGUCGACGUCGCCGCUCAACUUGUUCGAUCGACAGUAACUGAGGCCAGAACUUACGUCGAUCUCAUUCACAAGAAUUCCGGGUUCAUUACGGGAAUGGGUGUGAAGUACACUGGGCUGGAUUCGCCCUUGGUCAUACAGUCACAAAGAAGUAUUUUUGAAGCUGGAUAUCGUUGCCCCGACUUAUGGCUUCAGACACCAGGAGCAUAUGGCGCGUCCAGGUUGUACGAAAAGAUCGUUUAUGGGCGAUUCACCUUGCUUAUCAUUGGAGACUCCCCGGCGUCGAGAAACAUCACGAGUGGAAAUAUCUUGACAACGUUUCAAUUGAGGCCACUGAGCAGGAAGAAGGAAGAUAACGAUGAGGAGUUCUUUGGGUGUGCAUUGGUCAAGGAAGGCGAGUCAUACGCUGUCUUAGUACGACCAGAUACAUACAUAGCCCAAGUUGGAGAAGUGGAAGAGCUCACGGCAUACAUGGAUGGUCUUCUGCCAGGCGUCAGAGAAUAAACGCUGGGAACAACCACAUGCUGAAAAAUUGAAUGCUAGUACGUAUGAUAUUGUAGUAUCCAUGCAAAUCUAGUCUUAGGCGUAAAUCUUCGUUCGAGCGCAUAUACAUAUUCGAUCAUUUUGAAU